AUGGAGGUGAGCGGCGGAGACGCCCAUCCGCCCUCUUACCCCUCAGGCCUGAGGGAGGGUCCUGAGCCGAAAGUCGCGUUACGUGGAGGUGCGAAUCGCUGCAGGAACCUUGGUGCCGACUCCAGCAGUCGGCUAACAGAUGUCUUCAACAGCGUGAUGUUGACUGGCUCCUCUUCCUUCUAUGAUUGCUACAAAUCGCAGAGUGAAGACAGUGUUGGCCUAAGGCAGACCUAUGCUCCACUUUCUUCAUCAACAGAAUAUGCAAGUUCUGUAGAUUCUUCACUUUUCUAUGCACCAUGGUCUACGUAUGGAGAUGAUAUUAAACAGCCCUCUAAUUCUCAGAUCAAUGUAAAGAACAGGAUUCAAACAGAAAGAAAUGACUAUGGUAGUGAAACAGACUUAUAUGGACUUGUGUCUAACAUUUUGGAAGAGCAAGAUAAAUCACAGCCAUAUUUCACUGAGGGGACCUGCUCCUCCAAUUUAAAGUCAGUUUGGCCAGUGAACACAAGCAGAUUUGCAGAUCACCAUGACCUCUUAACAGAAACCAAAAGGCCAAUAGAUACAGCCAUCUCUCAGCAAGCUUUUUAUACUGGUGAAUCUGUGUCAGCAGUGGAAAAGCAGUACCUGCGUAAUAGUAAUCUGAUACCACAACAAAAAAUAGAUGAACUUUAUCAUGGAUUUACUGGUUUAGACCUUGAAGAACAAUGGAUGUACCCCUCACGAAGUGAUCAUUCUAACUGUUACAGUAUUCAGACAAAUGAUACAGCUAAGAUGACAUUUCAAGAAUAUCUAUCUAUCAAAAAAUGUUUUACACCAUACACUGGUCUGUCUGACAUCAUGAAAGAAUCAGGAGUUGAUACUUAUUCUUAUGGAAGAGAGAAAAUAUGUGCUAAAGGUCUUGAAGCACCAUUACAGCAGAAGAGGGCAGAGAUGUUUCUUUCCCAAUUUAAUAGAUACAAUGAAAAUGCAGAUUAUUGUAGAUACCCAGAAUAUGCUCAUCCUAAUAAGGCUAAGCUGAAUAAGUGUUCAAAUUUUAGUGUCCAAGAUAGUAAAAAAUUAGCCAGUGGCACACCUGAAACACCAACUGUAGAAGCAGACACCUACACAAAGUUAUUUCAGGUUAAACCAGCAAAUCAGAAAAAAAUGGAGGAGACAAUACCUGACCAGCAGAAUUUCACAUUUCCAAAAACUAUACCACAUCUGACAGAAAAACAGUUUUCAAAGGAAGCAUUUACUGCUGAUUUUGGCUUAAAAUCAGAAUAUGGACUAAAACCUCACACAGCUUGUCCAGCUAAUAAUGAUUUUGCUAAUGUCACAGAAAAGCAACAGUUUACUAAACCUGACCCCCCAAAUUCUGAGUAUUUUAGGUCAAUGAAUUUACUAGCAAACUCAGCAGCAUCUUCAGGCAGUAUCAACUUAAACAGACCAACUUGGAUGAAUGUCCAAACAAAAAAUAACACUCGUAUUCCUUAUCGAAAUCAAGGUAACUUGAUGAAAUUAAAUACUCAUUUAAGUGCAGCUUCAAAAGGUUUUAACCAUUCUUCAGAUUUCCCGCAACUAUCAUCUACAAAUUUAACAGCAAAUAGCAAUUUAUUUCAGAAGUAUUGCCAAGAAAACCCUUCAGCAUUUUCUAGUUGUGAUUUUGGUUACAAUGGUAAAGAAAGAAUUCAAUCUGUCAGUCACAUGGAAGGACUGACAAAGACUGGAGAAGAAAAUCUCUUUGAAUCUGUUACUGAUAAAAAAAUAAAGCAGCCAAAUGGAUUUUGUGAUAACUAUUCAGCUCAGCAGUAUGGGAUCAUUGAAAAUGUAAACAAACAUAAUUUUCAAGCUACGCCCCAGAGUGGCCAUUAUGACCCUGAGGAAGGGCCAAAGCAUUUAGAUAGCUUAUCUCAAAAUACAUAUCAAGAUCUGUUGGAGUCACAGGGUCAUUUUAAUAGCCACAGACAGGGAAGUGGAGACAACAAUAUUAAUAGCCGUGUGAAUCACACACAGGUGUCAUGCUUUUCUAAUAAUUAUAUGAUGGGAGAUUUAAGGCAUAAUCAGAGUUUUCAACAACUUGGUUCAAAUGGGUUUCCCCUAAGAUCCACGCAUCCGUUUGGCCAUUCAGUUGUUCCACUGUUGGAUUCCUAUGAUUUGUGUUCUUAUGAUGACUUAAGCCAUUUAUACCCGUAUUUUAAUGAUAUGAUGUAUGGUGAUAAUUCCUUUUCUGGUUUCGUGCCAACUUUUGGAUUUCAAAGACCAAUUAAAACCCGUAGUGGACCAGCCAGUGAACUUCAUAUUCGUCUAGAAGGGUGCUAUGAACAAUGGAGAGCAUUAGAAAAGGAGAGAAAAAAGACUGAAUUGGCCCUUACCAAAAAUUAUCCAGGGAAAAAGGUAUCGAGUACUAAUAAUACUCCAAUACCAAGGCUGACCUCCAACCCAUCUAGAGUUGAUCGCUUAAUUGUGGAUGAACUUCGAGAACAAGCCAGAGUUGUGACUUUACUGGGCAAAAUGGAACGGCUUCGAAGCUCUCCCCUUCAUGCCAGUAUCUCUACAGCUCUUGAUAGACACUUGGAGUCCAUUCACAUUGUACAGUCACGUAGAAAGGACGAAAUUGUUAAUGCUUCAAAUCGGCAAAGGCAAGGUGUUCCUAGAUGCCAAGAUGACAGAGAUGUUUUUGCCCUUGCUUCAGCAAUUAAAGAGAUGUGUGUGGCUACUCGGAAAGCACGCACUACCCUGUGGUGUGCACUGCAGAUGACCUUGCCAAAACCAGCCGGUACAGCUGGCCAAACAGAUGUGGAAAAGGCUUUACAAGAUAUAGUAAACUGUGAAGAUAAAGUCCAUGAAAGCCUAAAUAGUAGCAAUCCAAUGAACCGGAGAGGUGAGGCAAACAAACAUUAA